AUGUCCAACAUGUCGUCUCCAGCCCCCCUUUUAAAGAUACCGACUCCGGGUUCCAACCGCAAACAAGCACCUCGUCUCAAGCUGGGGAUCCCAGGAUCGCCCAAGUUGAACCCUGUAAAUUCAACUGGAAUUGGCACAAACUCUGGUCCGGAUGUCCCCCAACUGUCUCAACCACGUCCUGCGCGCCCAGCUCCUCCUCAGCUGAGGUUAGCCACACCCAAGGGGAGUAAAGGAACUCCGCAAGAGGCAGGCCCUCUGCACAAUGGACGACCAUAUAUGCCACCCUUGUCGGGUUCUUCUGCAACUACCUACAAUAGUGACUAUAGCAACCACUCAAGGUCGGGAAGCUUCACCACAUACGAUGGCCGGGCCAGUGGGCCCACCUCAGCUACAUCUUCGAACUAUUCUGCCUUAUCUUUCGCCAUGGGUUUGAGGCAACCUCCAGGAGGAACCCCUGACCCCACUUCUGCUAUCAGCUCGGUAUAUUCCGACCGGGGGGAUGGUGGCUUAUCGAUGGAAAGAGAUAACAGCGUGAAUGGUUUGCUACCGGAUCUAGAGAAACUGAGUUUAGAGAAAGGGCGGCCGUUAGAUGUGGAAGACCUAGACGAUGAAGGUUGGCUGGCCGCCAGCUCUCAAAAGAAGAUCAUUGAGCUUGACAGUCUUGGUGAGGGAGCUGGUGGUGCCGUCACGCGUUGCAUGCUGAAAGGUGGGAAGACAGUGUUUGCUCUAAAGAUUAUCACCACAGAUCCAAACCCAGACGUUAAAAAGCAGAUUGUUCGAGAACUGAAUUUCAAUAAAGACUGUGCAUCGGAACAUAUUUGCCGGUAUUACGGUGCGUUUAUGGACAAGUCAACCAGCACCAUAUCAAUUGCUAUGGAAUUUUGCGAAGGAGGCAGCCUGGAUAGCGUUUAUAGAGAAGUAAAAAAGCUUGGAGGACGGACAGGAGAGAAAGUUUUGGGUAAGGUAGCUGAGGGCGUAUUAAACGGCCUCACCUACCUACACGGGCGUAAAAUUAUUCAUCGAGAUAUCAAACCUUCCAACAUUCUAUUAUGUCGAAAUGGCCAAGUCAAGCUUUGUGACUUUGGAGUCAGCGGCGAAUUCGGCACCAAGGGCGACGCAAACACAUUUAUUGGCACAUCUUAUUACAUGGCCCCUGAACGAAUCACGGGCCAAUCUUACACCAUCACGUCCGAUGUUUGGUCUCUUGGAGUAACGCUUCUCGAAGUAGCUCAACACCGGUUCCCAUUCCCUGCAGAUGGAACAGAGAUGCAGCCACGUGCAGGCCUGAUAGACCUUUUAACAUACAUUGUUCGUCAGCCAAUCCCACGUUUGAAGGAUGAACCUGAAAACGGCAUAAAAUGGAGUGAAAACUUCAAAUAUUUCAUUGAGUGCUGUUUGGAAAAGGAGCCACCAAGACGAGCAACACCAUGGCGGAUGGCAGAACAUCCCUGGAUGCUCGAAAUGAAAACCAAGAAGGUCAAUAUGGCACAUUUCCUGAAACAGGUGUGGGGCUGGCAAGAUUAG